UCUCGCACACAUAUAUCCACAAAUUAAAAAAAAAAAAUACUUUUUUUUUUCUCUCCGGUCAAGAAAUUUCCCUCCUUGCCUUCCCUUCUCCGUUUUUGGUGCGGCUAUACAUACAUGCAUACAUAUAUGUAGAGAUUCUUAUUCUGGAGAUAAGCGGAGGUCGCUUGAGCCUGACGUGGCCUGCUUUCUUCCUCACCUUUGGUCAAAUUUUCAGACGCAAACGAGAAGUGUUCUCUGAGAUAUACCCUAUUGGCAAACAAAAAAAAGUUUCAGUUUUUAGGGUUUAUGGGUGAAACAGCAAAUGUAUUUGGGCGUUGAUUCUGUGUUUUUCAGUACUAAAUGGCAAUUAGCGCUGUGUUGGAGUCCAUAUCUUGUUGCCCAUCUCCCAAGGGAUAUGGUGCAGUCAACCAACAUGGUCGUAGAUCAAAGCUUUGUGUUUAUACUUUAGUGAAGUGCUGCAAGCCAUGUGUGCCCAAAUACUCACAUGGCGUAAAGUUUGGGAUUAAUCUACGUUCUUUAGGGAAUAUAAAUUCGAGCGAGAGAAGGUUUUUGGUUAAUUCAUUGUGUCAUAGCUCCAGAAGAUUGUACUUCCAAUGUAACCUGUCGGAGUGCUCAAGGAGAGUCCGGACUUAUGCAACGCUAGAUGUGGCAAGUGCUGUUGAUGUCAUCAACGAUCUUGGACUUGAUACUUUGACCUUCUUAAUGGUGACUGUUAUCAUUGUCCCUGCAUUCAAAGUCCUUAGAGCCAGUCCGAUACUUGGUUUCUUCUUUGCUGGGGUUGUGCUGAAUCAAUUUGGUUUGAUUAGAAAUAUUACAGAUGUCAAGGUUCUGUCAGAGUGGGGGAUUCUUUUUUUGCUUUUUGAGAUGGGUUUAGAGCUUUCACUUGCACGUCUGAAGGCACUUGCAAGAUUUGCUUUUGGCUUGGGAUUGACUCAGGUGGUGUUAUCCACACUUGCUUUCACUGCUUUUGAACUUCCACCAAACGGAGCCAUAGGAACGAGAAUUCUCGAAUUUCUUUUUCAUUCAAGGCCAGACUUGGUCAACAUCAGAAGCAUUGAUGAGGCUGUUGUAAUUGGUGCUGCUCUCUCUUUGUCAUCCUCAGCUUUUGUUCUUCAGCUUCUUGCAGAGAAGGGUGAGCUCCCUACAAGAUUUGGCUCAGCAACUUUAGGGAUUCUUCUUUUGCAGGACAUAGCAGUUGUACCUUUGUUAGUCAUUCUUCCGGUGCUGGAGAGCCAGAAUCUUGUCGGCGAAAGCAUCUGGCCAAUGCUUGCAAAGGAAAGUGCGAAGGCUCUUCUCGGGUUGGGGCUUCUCUCUCUUGGAGGAAAGUACCUUCUCCGUAGAGUCUUUGAGGUUAUUGCAGAAACAAGAAGCUCGGAGGCUUUUGUCGCUCUUUGCCUUCUGACUGUUGCUGGGACUUCACUUCUCACUCAAAAGCUUGGAUUCAGUGAUACGCUCGGAGCUUUUUUGGCUGGAGCUCUUCUAGCAGAAACCAAUUUCAGGACACAGAUUGAAGCUGAUAUUCGACCAUUCAGAGGCUUAUUGCUGGGUUUGUUCUUUGUGACCACGGGAAGUUCCAUUGACAUGGAGCUUCUCUUCCAAGAAUGGCCGAAUGUUCUCUCCCUCUUGGGUGGUCUGAUUGUGAUUAAAACACUGAUUAUAACCGCAAUUGGUCCACGUGUUGGCCUAACCUUACAAGAAAGCAUAAGAAUCGGGUUUCUUCUCUCCCAAGGAGGGGAGUUUGCAUUCGUCGUGUUCUCUCUAGCCAACAGGCUGGGAGUGCUUCCACUUGAGCUGAACAAGCUGCUGAUUAUCGUAGUUGUCUUGUCAAUGGCGUUAACUCCUUUCCUCAAUCAACUUGGUAGAAGAGCCGCCGAUUUUCUCGAAGAAAAAUUUAACAGCGAGGAGAGAUUAAGUGAGACCGUGAAUUAUGAUGUCAGCGAACCUAUUGUUCUUCUUGGAUUCGGACAAAUGGGCCAGGUGCUGGCCAACUUUCUGUCAACCCCAUUGGCUUCUGGGAUAGAUAGCGACCUUGUGGGACUGCCUUAUGUAGCGUUUGAUCUGAAUCCCGCUGUAGUGAAGGAAUCUAGGAAACUUGGAUUCCCGAUUCUGUAUGGAGAUGGCUCUCGGCCAUCCGUUUUGCAAUCUGCGGGUAUUUCAUCGCCUAAAGCUAUCCUGAUAAUGUAUAAGGGCAAGAAGAGAACUACCGAGGCUGUUCAGAGACUCAGGCUUGCCUUCCCUGCGAUACCCAUUUACGCACGUGCUCAAGACGUGGGGCAUCUCCUGGAGCUAAAGAAAACAGGAGCAACUGACGCCAUAUUAGAAAACACAGAGACGAGUUUACAGUUGGGAUCGAAGCUGUUGAGAGGGUUCGGGGUUAUGUCUGAUGACGUAAGGUUUCUCAGUGAACUCUUCAGAGAUUCCAUGGAGCUCCAAGCGAAAGAGUCUCUCACGAACAAUGAUGGAAAGCUCAAUCAGAUGGAGCCGGUGGAGAUUCGGGCAUCUGAGUUGAGUUCAGAUUCUGCAAAAGUUCAAGAGAUUGUAGAAUACCAAGAGGCAGAAGGCAAGAUCGGUGUGAGAGAGACAGAGAUUGAGUCAUGUGGCAAAGAUCUUCUGAGCCGUGAGGUGAACACCGACAAUGGCUUCGUUGGUCAAGCUGAGAAAGUUAAUGAAUGAGGAAGCAUCUGUUCCUGUUCUUUAUUUUUUUGGUAAGAAAAGGUUAAAAAAAGGUCUUUAUUUACGGAUUAAAACAUUCCAUGUAGAUAAAAAUUGUUUGUUAGACUUUAAUUUCGGCUCUUAGGGAAUAAAUCAUCCAAAAAUAUGUGAUUUACUUAA